AGCGACUGCGUAGCGUAGUGUAGCGUUGUUUUGUGCUCAUGCGGUGUAUUUUAUGUGAACAAGAGCUAAUUUGUGGAAUAAAAUUCACGUAAAGUAAAAUAAUUGUAUACAAUUCAGAAUGAUCAUCCCAGUCCGUUGUUUCACUUGUGGAAAGGUUAUUGGCAACAAAUGGGAAGCCUACCUCGGGCUUCUACAAGCCGAGUACACUGAGGGUGAUGCCCUGGAUGCCCUCGGCCUGAAGAGGUACUGCUGCCGCCGAAUGCUGCUCGGGCACGUGGAUCUGAUCGAGAAACUUCUCAACUAUGCACCACUAGAGAAAUAAGUUAAAUAUAAAGUAGGUUAUAAAAUUGUAAUUUUUAAUUUUGAUUUAUUUCUAUUUACCAGAAUAUUGUAACCAAAUUCAUUCCUUUGAAGAUCCGUGAUUUGCUGGAAUAUUUUUAGGUAUUUUCUCAUUUCUGUGCAGUUCAAGCAAAAUAUCUUGGCAUCUCUCUUUUCACAAGUUAGUUGUGUUAGAUAGGGCUCAGUGUAGGGCAUAAGGGCAUGCCUACAGUGUGUGACCUCUUUCCACCUGAGACCAUAGACAUUUUCAAUUUUAAUUAUGUCUUAAGAAACAAGUAGUUUUUUUUUAAUUAUAUGUAAUUUUUAUUUCCUAAAGAAACCCUUCAUUGACGUCAUCAGGUUAAUUAUCACCUAGAUUUAAGUGUAAAAUGUGCAUGACUCAUGAAAAAGGCAAUAGCAUUGUAAAACUGGUGUGGCUAUACAACAUGCUGCAUAUAAACAUGUGUGGUAAUAAAGUAAGAUAAGAGAUA